CUCUCUCUCUCUCUCUCUCCGCCAUUUGAAACCUUUGUUUGAUUGUCUCUUUAACCCCUUCUCCCUAGAAAUGCUAUGGUUGUAACCAUGGCCACCAAAGCUCAGUGCCUUCAUUUGACAGCUGCUAUGUUAUGCAUUUCUUUGGUGCUACCCAGUUUUGCAGAUCUUCAAAGGUUUGAACACCCGGCAAAAGCCGAUGGGCGACUAAGCUUUUUGGUGGUUGGAGAUUGGGGCAGAAGAGGGUUUUACAACCAAUCUGAAGUUGCUCUUCAGAUGGGAAGGAUCGGAGAGAAAUUAGACAUAGACUUUGUCAUAUCCACUGGAGACAAUUUCUAUGACGAUGGAUUAGAGGGUGUCAAUGAUCCUGCAUUUGAGGAGUCCUUUUCUAAAAUUUAUACUGCCAAGAGUCUUCAGAAACAGUGGUAUAGUGUUCUAGGAAAUCAUGACUAUAGGGGCAAUGUAGAAGCACAGUUAAGCCCUGUCUUGCAGAAGAUUGACAGCCGAUGGCUUUGCCAAAGAUCUUUUAUCCUUAACACAGAAAUUGUGGAAUUCUUCUUCGUGGAUACCACUCCAUUUGUAAACGAUUACUACAAAGAGACAGACCAUAAGUAUGAUUGGCGAGGUGUAUCACCACGAAGGACUUACAUUACUAAUCUUCUUAAGGAUUUGGAAUCAGCAUUAAGGAAGUCAACCGCAAAGCGGAAGAUUGUGGUUGGUCACCAUGCAAUCAGAAGUAUUGGGCAUCAUGGCGAUACACCGGAGCUCAUAAAGUACCUUCUCCCAAUACUAAAGGCUAAUAAAGUUGAACUAUACAUAAAUGGUCACGACCAUUGCUUGGAACGCAUUAGUACUCCUGACAGUCCUAUCCAAUUUUUAACAAGUGGAGCAGGAUCGAAGGCAUGGAGGGGUGAUGUCAAUGUCAAGAGACUUAACAGUGAUGAUGUUAAAUUCUUCUAUGAUGGUCAAGGCUUCAUGUCUGUGCAACUGACUAAGACAGAAGCUGUGGUUGUGUUCUAUGAUGUCUUCGGCAAGGAACUGCACAAAUGGGAGGUGUCCAAACAGCUUUACUCAGCCAUGUAAAUGUUGAUCUACAAACAGUCGCAUCAUAGCUCUUGCUUUUUAGCUGGAUUGUGUACAUAUUCACUACUUAAAAUGGAAUUUGAACCAGGGGCGUGAGUAGGAUUUUAAACUUUGGGAGCCGAACUAUGU